CUGUCACUUACACGAACCUGUCAGCUGUCAUUUGUGUCGUGUUUACAUCAAAACAUCGCGCAACGAACAGGACUUGUGCGCGGCGAACGCGGUAGUGGUUUUCGCAUCACUUUCAAUCCUAAAAAUGCCGUGAAAUUCGCGAAUGUGAUCGCAAAUAUCGUAGAGCAAAGUGCCGUGUGAAAAAAUGGAGACGAAAAAGGACAUUUACAAUUUGUGGGUGCAGUACACGACCAAGAAUGAGGAAUCAUAUUUUCGGCAAUUCAUUUCCGGAUUUGUGACCAUCUGGAAGAGUCAACUCCAAAUUGAUUUCACAAACGCGCCUAAAUGGUCGGAAAUAAAACCUGAUAGCGGUCCGCUUCUAAGUCGGCUUCCUGACGAAUUGCUCCCAGCAAUCGGUAAAUUUAUCAUAAUCGCACGUGAUGAGAUCGAAAGAGAUGCUCUCACUGACGAAAAAUUAUUUGAAACAAAUAUGCUAGUGGAAUGUUUAGUGAUAAUUUGUAGACAUUUUGACAAUAUUAGUACCGUAGCGAAGUAUGAUUACAUAGCCAAUUUAAUAGCGAUCCUUACGAAAAUAUAUCAAAAGAUUAAGACAAACAAUAAGUUGACAAGUGCUGAAGUAAACAUAUUCACCAAAUUCUCGAAUUUACUGGAAGUGAUUUAUGAUCCGUAUUUCACCUGGAGAAAUUUCCUGCAAGGGGAUUUUGCUGAGUAUCGAAAAUUGUCGUAUAAGCCAAAUGUUACACAUGUUGAAAUUGUCCCAUUUAUUUAUGAUUGCUUUCAAUCCGACAACAUUCUGCAAUAUUCAAGUAUUGGAACAAGCUUAGUCGAUGCUUUGAGUUCAAUUAUAGCUGGAUCGCAGAAAUCCUUAACAUCCAUGCAAUGUGUAUCAACUAGCUCUGGUGAAAGGAUAAAUAACCUUAACUGUGAUAAUUUGCGGAAUGGAAUGCGUGCAAUAUGUCCUGCUACAGUUUCCGUGAUUAUUAAACUUAUAUCAAAAUGGGAAUGUAACAGUGAUGUAAGACACGCAGCGCUGAAAUGUUGCUGCCUCAUGAUGAUAGUCUUGCAAAGGUCUAGUCCAGAAGAACGCCAAAUAGAACUUGUUACAAUUAUCCAACAAUACUGUGAUGCCAUAAUAGAAUUAAUGAAAACGACCCAUUUUUGUCGUCAAGAAACGAAGAGAGAGCCAUUUGAAAUUGCCAGCGAUUCUGCUGAAUUUCCAAUUGAUGUGAACGGACUCAUUGCAACCGUCGACACUGUUCGUGAUUUUAUUUCAGAACCAGAAAGCCGUCAUCAUAUUUCCAAUGCACUGAUCGAAACUAAUAUAAUUGAGAUAUUUAUUACAAUUCCUAAUAAUACAAAGGACUGGUCAAUUGAUCAUCAAAAUCUUGGCUUUAGUAUCAUCAGCACUCUUUGUGCCAUUAGUCGCAUAUCGAAGAAAGUCGUGCAAAUUCUAAAAGCACCCGAAAAAAUGGACCGAAUUUUCGAUGGACUGAAAUCAUUCGGAAAGCCAACUGAAAAAUUAUUGAAAAUAUGUUUUGAUUUAGCUUUUGAUAAUAAUAUUGAUAGAAUUUUGAUACCUGAAGUUUUGACGAAGUUGGUUGAAUGGAUUCCCGAAAUGAAUGCUAAAGAACAGAACUAUUUGAGUGCUACACUUUUGAAAGGCUGUGCUUGUAAUUAUGUUUGCAAAUCUGUUGCAUGUGAAGAACGUAUCAUAAAAGUUAUAUGCCAACGUCUACUUGAAUUUAAUAAACUAUCACAAAUUUGUAUACAAAAUUUGAUAAAACUAAUCGAGGAACUAGCGAAACAUAGCAUAACACCUGUCGAGUUGAAGCUUAUUUUUUGGUUACUUCGCGAAAAAGCAGAUUUCCCGCAAAGCAAACAGUUAUUUCAGACAAUUGUUACAAUUUCUUUACACAACUUAAAUUCAGGAAAUGCCUGCACUGAAUUCCUGGAUAUCCAAAACCCCGAAGAGGGUAUAAUUGUGCCAGAUAUUCGAAAUUGGACUAUGUCUGGAUCGUAUGGUUUCAUAUUUCAUGCUUUACUUAGACUGGAUAAACACGUCGAUGAUGACGAACAUACUGAUAGCGGCAACAAAUCCAAAAGGAGAAUGCUGUUCACACUGAUGACAUAUCACGAUACAGGUUUUGAAAUAUUCAUCCAACAAAAUGGAACCCUAGUUGUAGCUGCUAUUACGAAGCGCGAGUACUUGACGUCAUCUGUUCUAUCGAAGACAUUGCUAGAUGGGAGAUGGCAUUUUGUUACUAUCUCAAUAACACCACCAAAGCGCCCUUUCUCGUAUAGUCAAAUAAAUGUUUAUGUGGAUUUUAUACAAAAAUUAAGCGCAACAUUGAAAGCUCAACCAUUUAAUGAGCCAUUCACUUAUUGUGCAAUUGGUUCAGCAUUUCAAAAUCCAAGGCCCUCCUCUUCCGAUAGACAUCAUCAUGCAACGUCCCAUGAUAGUGCAUCAAAAAGCAUGUUGCCGAAUCUUAUCGAAAGGACAUUCUUCCCGCAAAUAGCAUCUCAUGUCCCUAAUUAUUUUACGCUACCACUGAGGAAUACUGGCUCGUUCGACCCGAAUGUUAAAAACUUUCCAGUCGGGAUGCAGGAUAACAUUUUUGGUGAACAAAUUUGCUUAAAGGGCCAGAUAGGAGCUAUUCUAUUGGCAGAACCCACGACUAAUAUGAAAGUUAUUUUCGACGCAGGGGCAAACUUUGCGUCGAUAUUCUCACAAGACAACGAGAUUUUAGAGCUGACUUCAAAGUUUGUGUUUUGUUACUCAGCAACUGCUUGCAGUGGUGGAAUCUGCAUUGAUUUGGUGCCAAGUGGACGAUUUAAUGGCUCUGUAUUAGCCCACCAUUGUAAAACUGUAAAAAUUCAAGAUACAAUCAAUAGUAUAGGUGGCAUUCAAGCCAUUUUACCGAUUUUAAAAAAUCUGACCAAGAAAAAAGGUGAAUUCGAACUGACAUCAGACGUUACUGACCUCGAGGAUAAUCUCAAAACACCAACAAUGGAAGAAUUUUCUGAUUGGGAAAUUCUUUCGUCUAGCUCAUAUGCGGAAUGGAAAAUGAUUCAACAUCCACUAGCGGGAUACCUUUGCUUUUUACGUUAUUUAGCUCAUGACCAUGAUAAGAAUCAGGAAAAUCUCAUCAACACUGAUAGCUUGUCUAUAACCGGAUCAAUGUUGGCCAAAUGCAGUCCGAAACUAUUCGAUGUGCACGCUCUGAUGGCAACGCAUUUGUUCAUUGAAUCAAUGCAAAAUCAAAAGCCUUCUGCCAAUAUGGAUCUUCUGGAUGUCCUGUACAGCGAAAUAGUAUUCAAUUUCAAUAUUUGGUCUCGUAUGCAGUUUCAAAUAACCCUCGGACAUGUUCAAUAUUUGAGUACGAUGAUAAAAGACGACCGAAAAUACUUUCGGAAAAAAUUCGGGAUUCAAUUCUUCCUAGAUAUUAUAAGACAAUAUUAUUCAACACCAGAUAAUAUUAGCUUGGAUGAUGCAGUAACUAUUCGGUCCGCAAUACUGAACAUAAUAAAAUAUUAUAUCCAGAAAGAAGUCAGCAUUAAAGAAAUUGGAGUGAUCAUCUCCUUCUUGGCAUCAGUUAAACAUGAACAUGUAACCAUAGAAGUUGUCGAGAUGCUUCGAUCGCAUCUGAAUGGAAAGAACUGCAAAGAUCAAAUGUUUCUGUUGCUACACGAACCACAAACAGCUGAUUUGCUUUACAAUUUUUUCGUAGAUAAAGCCUACUCAGUUGCAUUACAGGAAGAAGUCAUAAAACUAAUUGAAUGCCUUCUUUCAACUUCGCGAGUGAACACGAGAUAUAAACAGACUUUGCGGCUUCAGGACUCGACAAUUCAAUGCCAGACAUUAUUCCCAGGAUUUUUUUCCCACAUUGUUCCUCUGACGCUGAGCCCGACAAUCAUAUCAAUCAUGAUCGAUCACUUUUUGCUACAAGUAGACGAAGACUAUUGCGGGCUUCUAUUCUUGGUUCAUCAUGUGAGUUUAAGCGAAGUUCCCAUCAAAUUGGAAGUAGCCAAAAAGUUGCUUACAACGACGUUCACUAAGCAGCACUCACCUCUGCUUAUUGCGAAACAAGUUGGUUGGCAGGAGUCAAUAUCGCGACUUCUUAUCCGAAAACCAUUCACGGACGUGAAGCCUGAAGCAAGUCAAAAAAGUUUCGGUGUAAAUUUAAAUGACGUUCUCCUAGAAGAUACUCCAGAAAUGCUUGCGCAGUCCGACUUGAUUAGUUUUGUUGAGCAGUCAAUAGAAAUGGAUAUGGAAAAUGACCCGAAAGACAGUAAUGUUAUUUUAAAUGAAAUUCAAGCCAGUGUUACAGAAGCAGCCAAUGUGAUCGAGAAUGAAAUAAAAGAAUUGGCGGGAUCAGUAUCUGGAGCGGUUGCAGAAAAUUUCGCCAACGUCUACUCUGUAAUCCGACAACGAACUUCAGAAAUCCAAGAUACUUUCGAAUCAUUAGCCAUGGGAGUAUCUACGGAUAAUGACACUGCCUCGUCACGUAAUAGGACAUCAUCGAAUAGUUCGGACGAACCUAGUUCUGUUCAAUCGACCCCAAAAGCCGUCCAAAGGCAUGACACUGAGACAAUGUCCGUUUUUGACUUUGCGCAGGAUAUUGAUGUUGAUGUUGAAGAGCAGUUGGUCUAUCUUGUGACAAAUAUAUUGUUCACAAUUCUUUGGCGAGGAGUCAGUAACGAUUCUUCUAACUCAUGGAAGGAACGCGGUCAGGUAUUAGCUUGUAUUAAUUUGUUGGGAUUGAACAAUGAACUGAUUGCUUCACACUUAACGUUGAGACUACGACUGCUUGAAAUGGGGGUUCAAGCAUCGCUACUUGAUCUAUCAGAGCAUGGAAAUCAAACCGUGAUUAAUCAAGAGCAGAAUGCAGCGCAAAUCCUUCGUAUGGUAUACGACUUGGUGGUCCUCGAUCCCAAUGAAGAUGACUCAAAAAAGUGUUCAACCAAACUUUUAGAUGGAGUGUUGGCCUUACUAGAUGCUCUUAUGGUAUUUCAACAAGUUGCCUCUGACGACUGGUCUGAUAUGAUACGACUAUGUCUUGGCCUAUUGUUAAAGUGUUCACAUCACCCGAACCCUGGAAUUGUUGCGAUGGCAACGGCUAAGCUACAUGGCAUAUUACAAACCCGGAACUCUGAAGAACCUACUGAAAUGGCCUAUUUACUUUACAGUAUAAAUAAAGCUCUUGACUCUGCCAUUGAAGUCGGACAUUCGGAGCAGUACUCGUUCUUGAUGCCAGUUAUGAAAGCUCUUCUGGAUAAAUGUCGAUUUAUUUUCAAUCUUGAUGCUAAUAUGCCAGACUUACCCCCAACAACUUCUGGCCCUGUGUUCUUCAACGAUUUUCAGAUGUAUAGUACCAGUAAAAAGUGGCGGAAUUUUAUAGAAAAAAAGAUUAAACCAUUGCAUGAUUCGUAUCAAAAUGAGAUUGCAACAACACUUUGGGAGCCUUUAAACAUGUUUUGGGCUGAAUGCUAUGAGGCCUGUAAGACUGCCUCGCAAAAACGAGCCGCAUUGCAAUUGGAAAGUCGUCGCCGAUUUCAGCAAAAAAUCAUCAUGCCAUGGCGAGUCCGACAGGUAGAGGAAAUGACACGAUUUAAUACCGCUGCAGUUCAUGCUCGAACUAAGGACAGCACAAUUAAGAGGAAGUGGAAGAGUGCCAAGAGAUUCCUUUAUGGACCUCGAGGGCCAUGGUACAAUGGUGAACCAAAAGAAGAAUUUUGGAAACUAUCAAAUCAUGAAAAUGUGGCUCGAAUGAGGUUGAAGCUUGAACCACAAUUAUAUCCAGAUAAUCACGAAAAUGCUGCAAGACUGCGUGACAAUGCGGUGAACACAAACGAAACCAAACCAAUAUCGGCGGACUUCAACUCUUCCAUAAAAUCUGCCGUUGUUCGAGAUUUUCUAUCUGAGGAUGAAAAUCUAUGGUUAGAGGAGGAGAUGCGUUUAAGUGUUGAACCACAACAUCAAGAUGUACCACUAGAGAAAGCCGUUAUAUCUCAGGAAUGUGAAUUGAUAACUCUCAUGACAAAAGUAAAGGGACGCUUGGAAGUAAAUGCAACUCUAUUUACUUUUGUUGAUUUGAGUCCACCUGGAGAAGGAAAAGAAAAGAUGGACUUCAGAUUUCCAAUCACAAAAAUUCGUGAACUCCACUUACGAAAAUACAAUCUUCGGAGAAGUGCUCUGGAAAUAUUUCUUAUUGACCAAACCAGUUAUUUUCUGAAUUUUACCACCAAGACUCGUAAUAAAAUCUUCACGAAAAUACUAAGUCUUCAACCACCUAAUAUACUUUACGGCUCUGGACGAUCACCACCAGAACUCUUAAGAGCAUCUGGCCUAACACAGAAAUGGGUCAAUAGAGAGAUUUCAAAUUUUGAAUAUUUGAUGUACUUAAACACAAUAGCAGGGCGAUCGUACAAUGAUCUAAGUCAAUAUCCAGUAUUUCCCUGGAUUUUAGCAGAUUACACAAGUGAAGUAUUAGAUUUAACGGAUCCGAAAUCAUUCAGGGAUUUAUCGAAACCUAUUGGAGUGAUCAACCCUAAAAACGAAGCUGAGGUCCGAGCUAAAUAUGAAGGGUUUGAGGAUCCUUCGGGAACUAUUCCAAAGUUUCAUUAUGGCACUCAUUACUCCAAUUCGGCGGGAGUACUACAUUACUUAAUUAGAGUUGAACCGUUUACCUCAUUACAUGUCGACCUACAAAGUGGGAGAUUUGACGUAGCAGACAGGCAGUUCCAUUCAAUACCUCAAACGUGGAAGCUUUUAAUGGACAAUCCAAACGAUGUUAAGGAGCUCAUUCCAGAAUUUUUCUAUUUUCCUGAAUUUUUAAAGAACAUGAACAAAUUUAAUUUGGGACAACUUCAAAUUACAAAAGAAAAGGUUGACGAUGUUAUCUUACCACCAUGGGCAAGCUCCCCUGAAGAGUUUAUUGAAAUUCAUCGUAGGGCCCUAGAAUCAGAAUAUGUUUCGCAGAACUUACACCAUUGGAUAGAUCUAAUUUUUGGCUACAAACAAAAAGGUCCUAAAGCGGUGGGAGCCCUAAAUGUAUUCUAUUAUUGUUCAUAUGAAGGAGCUGUCGAUUUAGACAAAAUCAAAAAUCCCGUUGAAAGGGAAGCAGUCGAAGGUAUGAUAAAUAACUUUGGACAAACACCAUCUCAACUGUUACGUGAUCCUCAUCCCAAACGGUUAACUCAAGAAGAAACAGUGAUGAAGCUGCUUCGUUUAGAACUUAAACGUCCAGACAUAAGUCAAUUCUUCGAUAGAAUAGUUCCAACACAUUGUGAAUUCUCAGUACAGAAAGACCCGAUUAUCUUCCUAAGUGUUCCCAGGAGUCCGCCUCGAUCAUUCCUACAAAUCAGUCCGGAUGUUCUUGUUAGUAUCUCAAAAUCAAGAAUUUUGGGAUGCAAUUCAUGGAUUUCAUUUGACAAAGAUAAAGGAUUUCUUCUGGAGAUAGAUGCCACAACAACUAACUUGAAAAAUCGGAAGCGAAUAUUCGGCCCGAUCCAUCCCUCACUUAACCUCAGCUCCCACAUGUUCGACGUUAGCAUUGAUGGUAAAUAUCUUUAUGCGGCCGGAAUAUGGGACAAUUCACUACGCGUCUAUAGUUUACAUAAGGGCAAAACUAUAGCCUCAGUUACAAGACAUUUAGGCUUGAUAACUUGCUUAGCUCUAGACAACUGCGGUUCGUAUUUAGUGACGGGUUCGAAAGAUUGCACUUGCAUUGUGUGGAGUUUGAGUGGUGCCAAUGGUUCAAUACCGGGAACAGCCAAUCAACCAAGCAGUAAUAAUGUGCCACAAUUGAACACAAAUAAUAGUGUUACCCCGAAACCCAUCACGACGCUUUAUGGACAUGAUGAUUCAAUAUCAUGUGUUGCCAUUUACACGGAGCUCGAUCUCGUUGUUUCAGGAUCAUUGGAUGGAACGGUGAAUGUUUAUACAAUAAAAGAUGGACAAUUUGUCAGAUCUCUCAAGCCAGUAGGCUGCACGGAACCGUACGUCCAGAUUUCGUUCAUAACAAUCUCCUAUCAAGGCCAUAUUGCAUUCAGUGCGCUUGACGAUACAUCUCACUCGGUUCACGUCUACAGCGUUAAUGGGACAAAUCUAGGUUCCAAAUAUGUUUCAGGUCGGGUAACUGGUCUAACUACGGCUGGUGAUUUCCUUGUUGUUGCUGAUGAUGCCGGUGAUAUCACAAUGAGUCGAUUAUAUGGCCUGAAACCCGUCUACGACAUUCCCUUGCAUGUACCAAUCCAGACAGUGGUUGUAACACCUAAUAAUACUCACAUCCUUGCUCCGUUACGAGAUGGCAGACUGGCUGUGAUCGGGGUAUCUACGCCAACAACAAACCGCAAACAUUCUGUUUUGAAUGUUUAAAGCAACAGCCGCUGACAUAUCAUUUAGCCUUGAUACGAGUACAUCAUCAUUCAAGAACAUAUGUACCACGAAACAGGGCUCAAUAAUGAUAGAUAUGUAUAAACACACUGAACUGGUAAUUAAAUAUCAACAAACCGUGAAUAAGUUCAUCCUAGCUUACGACCUUGACUGCAAUCAUCAAAUCAAUUUUCUACCAUUCAACAUGGAGCCUUUAGUGAGCUACAGGAGCCAAAUUACUCGAAACUAUGAAAAAAAUUAGCACCCCGUCCUUUUUAUGUAUGUUAACUGUAUCUUCAAUAAUGCGUUUUUAGUAGAAAUGAUACUUAAUCAAAGUGUUUUAUGUACAAGUAUGAAAAUGUAAACUUUACGAAAAAAGUAUAAUGAUGUUCAAAAAUUAGAAAAUUAGUGGAAAAUAUACAUGAUGGAGACAACAGCAAUUGUUAUUGUGUGCACGUACAGCGAAUUUUAGACAAAAAUUAUAACGCAGAUAUGUAUAUUAUUUUUGGCAACUCUAUUCUACAUCAUCCAAUAAAUAGCGAUAUUGUCAUUGUAUUCAAUUUAUAAUUAUUGUUAUAAGUUAUAUAAAUGAUUGUAUAGAAGAAAAAAACAAUAAAAAUAUUUUUAGA